GUUGCUGCAGUACAACAGGAAAACAAACCCUCACCAAAAUCAGGGAUGGAUGCUGACACUGCUGUUGCUGCUGGCGGGGCAGCUGCUCUACCUGAAGCUCGUUUUGAUUUCUGCCUGGAUGGUUGGCAUAGUUUCCGAGGUAAAUGCUACUAUUUAGCCAACCAUGUUGACACCUGGAACGAUGCAGAGAGCUAUUGUGCUAGCUAUGGUGGCAGUCUGGCCUCAGUCCACAACAUCUGGGAGUACAACUUCCUCCAGCGUUUGGUCAAGACUGGGGCUCACACUUUAGCCUGGAUCGGAGGUUACUACUUCGAGGGCGCUUGGAGAUGGGAAGAUGGCUCAGUGUUUGACUAUCACAACUGGGAUUCAGCGAGCUCCACUGACCGUUACCAGUGCCUACAGCUCAACUCUCAAGAGUCCCUGGGCUGGUCCAAUCACGGCUGCACCAUGCGCUUCCCAUUCGUCUGUCAGGUGAAGCCAAACUGCUAG